AAGGGGGGAGACUCUUGGAUGCUGAGCCCGGGACGAUAUCUCGGAGUCAGGGUGGGACUGCCGAACGGUACAGUCUCUCUUCCGUCGAACCAACAAACUACACAUAAUGGCGGACAAAGAAAAGAAGAUCAAGAAGAAGAAGGCGAAAGAAGACGCGCCAGCUGAAGAGGCCCCGGCCCCGGCGCCCGCCGCUGGCGGUGAGAGGCAGUCUUCGCGUGGCAGCCGCAAGGCCAAGCGCACUGGCUCCAAUGUCUUCUCCAUGUUCUCCCAGAAGCAGGUCGCCGAAUUCAAGGAGGCCUUCCAGCUAAUGGACCAUGACAAGGACGGUAUCAUCGGUAAGAACGACCUUCGCGCCACCUUCGACUCCCUCGGCAGGCUCGCCACCGAGAAGGAACUCGACGAGAUGGUCGGUGAGGCCUCUGGCCCCAUCAACUUCACUCAGCUCCUCACACUGUUCGCGGGCCGCAUGUCCGGUGGCUCCGACGACGAUGAUGUUGUCAUCAACGCCUUCAAGACCUUCGACAACGACGGCAAGAUCGACUCCGAGAGAUUGAGGCACGCCCUCAUGACCUGGGGCGACAAGUUCUCCGCCGACGAAGUCGACGAGGCUUACGACCAGAUGGACAUCGACGACAAAGGUUUCAUCGACACCAACAAGCUGAUCACCAUGCUGACCGCCAGCGCCGAAGAAGAGGAGGGCGGUGAGGCUGCGUAACUGCAGCAGAACACCUAAGGAGCAGAACAUGGAGGUGGCUACCACCCGGCCCACGCGGUUCAUCACAUCGUAUUAAACACGAUGAGAACCGAACAAUUUUUUAUUUAAAAUCUCUAUGUAAUUUAUUGUUUCCAUUUUUUUAAUUUAUAUAUAAUGAAAAUAUAGUUUUACUAUACCAAGAACGUGUACAACUGUCCCUAGUUCGGGUGUUUGUUGAGUCAAACGGCAGAAGCCGAGGGAUAUGUAAGGAAUACUAUGUAUUCAUAUUUUUCUGUUGAAAUAAAGAUUUAAAUCAA